CGAGUCAGUAGGGCUAGCGCGGCGCAGCAGUGAGCACGCGAGUCAGUGGCGAGGCUCAGCCUCGGGUCAGCCGGAGCCCAGAGUCAAAGCGACUACUACCGUUAUACUGUACUGUGAUGCCGAGGUGGUAGCAUACAUACGCGCGAGUGUGUCCGUGUGUGUACCAUCGCACAUCUGCAGUGCGCGUGUGCGCGAGAGCUCUCAUGAUGACUCGUACGCGGCUCUGCGCCUUGGUGAUCGGUGUUAAGGAUAGUCGGUGAAGCGGUAGUGCUCUCUCCGUGCUCGUCCCUCUCUCUCUCACUCUCUCUUUCUCCCGAGGGACCAAAGGAAUCGGCUAUAUGUAAUAGCCGGUACACAGUGAGCCGAGAUGCGGAUCAGCGAGACGAGAACGUUCCUACGCCGAUGAUCUCACCUGUGCCAAGGGGACUUGCGGGCUGGAAAGAAAAGCGCCGUACCUAGUUUUCCCGGGAUUAUUCGAAAGUGUCGUCACCGGCUGCUAAACCGCAGGAUGAGGUCGCUCCUGCUGCUGACGAUGAUGUGCCUCGUCGACUCGGAGCUCACGUCGAGGGGACAGCUGCAGAAGGUGGAUGAGCCGAUACCGCUGGCGCAGGUGUCGGCAGUGACGGGCUACGCAGCGCGGCUCCCCUGUGACCUGGCGCCGGGUCCUCGCGGCGAGGAGCCGUUCAUGCUGUUCUGGUACCGAAACGAGCACGAGGGCGCGCCCAUCUACAGCGUGGACGGUCGCUCGAAGCCUCUGUCCCAGGGCAAGCAGUGGUCGAAUCCCAAGGCACUGGGCGACAGGGCCAGCGUCCGGUUCCUCGACCAGCGAGCCGAGCUUCAGAUCGACAAGCUCAUGCCCGAGGAUGCCGGACUCUACCGCUGCAGGAUCGACUUUCGGAACAAUCCCACCAGGAGUCGGAAGGUCAAUCUCACCAUCAUCGUGCCACCGCAGUCGCCGGUGAUCUACACGCGGGAUCGCACCCUGGCCAAGAACCUACAGCCCUUCGACGAGGACAGCAGUCUGGUGCUGGUGUGCGAGGUGACGGGCGGAAGACCACCGCCCCGAGUCACCUGGCACCGCGACGGCAAGCUCAUCGACUCCACCUACGAGUACAAUUACGACGACCUGACGGUGAACCGGCUCGACCUGACCCGCGCCACCCGGGACCUCCUCAGCGCGCAGUUCGUCUGCAACGCCAGCAACACGCAUCUCGUGUCGGCCACCAGUGCCGAGAUCAUUGUCGACGUCAAUCUGAAGCCGCUGCUGGUGAACAUAACAAAUAAAACGCCGCAUCUCUCGGCCCUCAUGUCGUACGAGAUCGAGUGCGUGAGCUCGGGAUCGAGGCCGGAGGCUGUGAUAACUUGGUGGAAGGGCAUCCAUCAGAUCAAGCACAUGGCGAGAAACUUCGCAGAGGGUCCGAACAUGACGCGGAGCGUGAUGAGCUACGUGCCGACGAUCGAGGACGACGGCAAGUUCUUGACCUGUCGGGCAGAGAAUCCCGUGGUGCAGGACAGCGCGCUCGAGGACAAGUGGCAUCUCGUCGUGCACUACGUGCCGAUCGUGACGAUCAGGCUGGGCUCGAGUCUCCGGGCGACGGACAUCAACGAGGGCGACGACGUGUACUUCGAGUGCGAGGUCAAUGCCAAUCCCAAGGCGUACAAGCUCGGCUGGUACAAGGACGGCCGGGAGCUGCACCACAACCCGGCGGCUAACGUCAUCCUGCCCGGUGGCAACUCGCUCGUGCUCCAGAGCGUUAACCGCGCCUCUGCCGGCGACUACUCCUGCAUGGCGGCCAACUACGAGGGCAAGGCCAUGAGCAAGCCCGUCACCCUCGACAUCAUGUACGCGCCGAUCUGCAAGGACGGGACGACGACGCAGGUGGUGGGCGCGCUGAAGCACGAGACGAUCUCGCUGGUCUGCGGGGUGCAGUCGAAGCCGCCGCCGACGAGCUUCCAGUGGACGUUCAACAACUCGGGCGAGCUGAUGAGCGUGCCGGCGAGUCGCUACGCCCAGGUGCGGCCCCAGCAGCUGGUCACCACCCACUGGCACGGCUCGAGGCUCAACUACACGCCCGCCAGCGACAUGGACUACGGGACAAUCGCCUGCUCGGCCAGGAACAGCAUAGGAGCGCAGAAAGUGCCCUGCCGCUUCCAGAUCAUCGUCGCCGGCAAGCCCUACCCGCUGCAGAACUGCUCGGCCGUGCAGUCCACCGGACCCUACGCCUAUCGCAUGGGUCAGGAGGAUUUCAAAGCGACGGACGCGCGCGAUGCCGACUGGCUGAUAGUGCGCUGCAGCGAGGGCUUCGACGGCGGCCUGCCCAUCACGAGCUUCGAGCUCGAGGUCUACAGCGACGAGAACGUUUAUCACGUCAACACGAUUUACAUAAAUCACACCGAUAAGGCGCUGCCGGCUGCCGCGUCCUCCGCGGGUGUGGCAACCUCGGCGAACGGCGCCACCGUCGCGGCUUUCGGCCCGAUCUUCGAGGUGCCAGGACUCGAGCCCGGACGGAAUUACAGGCUGCUGCUAUACGCCGUCAACGCCAAGGGCCGCAGCGAACCCGUCGUCCUCGAGCCCGUGACGCUCAAGGGCGUCGCGAUGUACACCACUGGUCGCGAGUCGAGCGACGCCAGCACGGACUACAGUCUGCUGGUAGCCUGUUUCGCCGGGGGCAUCACGGCCAUCUGCAUCCUCGUGGUCGGCGUGACGCUGACUCUCUACAGGCGCAACCACCCGCUGCAGCCGAGCAAGACUCAGACGCUGGUAGUGCACUACGCCGGUGCCGGCAACGCCGCCGGCAACCUCACCCCGGCCACGGCUGGCAAUGCCCUGCUCGGCGACGCCCGCGAACUCGCCGGACAACAGCGACAUAUGCAGCUGGCGCAGCAUGUGCAGGUGAGCCAGGAGUACGAGCUGCACGCGUGUCGCAGCGAGGCUUCCAUGGGCUCGCAGCAGCAGCUACUGGACGUGUACGCGCGAGCGGCGACGCUCACGCGGACUGCCAAAACGACGACGACGACGACGACGGCGAUGCACGAGCUGGCGGCGGAGGAGGAUCCGGACGUGAUCCCGUCGACGAAGGCGGAGAGGCGGCCCGACAUCUCCGAGCCGAACUACGCGCCCAAGCCCGAGCGCAUCAAAGACUUCCGGCGACACCUGCAGGACGAGGACUUGUUGUCUUCCGCGACGUCGGCUCAGCAGCUCACGGAGAAGGACAGCUGGCUACGGCAGAACGGCGCCAGCUGCCUAGUUCAAGAGGCCGGGAGCCCGAGCGCGAGGCCCAGCACUCUGCCGGUACAUCGGAGCCACGACAUCUACACGAGGAGCCUCAGGGUGCAGGAGAGUUGUAUAUAACGGCGCUGUGACCGCACGCCCCAAGAUCCGCAGGGAGCUUGAGGCUGUCUUUUUUUUAUCUUUAUCAUUAAUCACCCUUACGAUCAACCGAAGCCAAGAGAGACGAUGACAGAUAUAUAUAAUAUUAUAUUAUGAUUACCAUUGCGCGAGCGCGAGCUGAGAGGAACGAUUACUAUCGGUGUUUGUACAUAUAGACAAUAAACAAUAUCUUGUUGUUAAGAAACUUGUA